AUGGCCAAGGAGCUCUCUGCGGCCACGUCCUGCACUGAAGAUGACUUCUACUGCCCCGUCUGUCAGGAGGUGCUCAAAAUGCCCGUGCGGACUGCGGCCUGUCAGCACGUUUUCUGGAACAGUAACAGGAGUGAAACAUCUGCAUCUGAUAACACAGAAACUUACCAAGGGAAUACAAGUUCUUCUGGGCAGCCUACCUUUAAGUGUCCCUUGUGUCAAGAAUCAAAUUUUACCGGACAGAGUUUACGGGAUCAUUGUAACAGUAACCACCUAUUUCAGAUAGUUCCUGUGGCGUGUCCUAUUUGUGUGUCUCUUCCUUGGGGAGAUCCUAGCCAGGUUACUAGAAAUUUUGUUAGUCAUCUAAAUCAAAGGCAUCAGUUUGAUUAUGGAGAAUUUGUGAAUCUUCAGCUAGAUGAGGAAACCCCGUAUCAAACUGCUAUUGAAGAAUCUUUUCAAGUAAACAUCUGA